AGUUUAAGCACUGUCUGGACGAGUCAGUAACAAACAGGAAAAAGUAAAUCAAAAUACAUGCGUUACUUCCGGUGACGGCAUUGCCGGUUGAGUAUUUUAAAUUUGACACUGCUGACCACAAGGCUCAAUCGAUUCGAAGCGGGACAGACACCGGCAGAGAGGGCCAGUUUCACGAGGAAAUGUUCAAGAAGCGAAGAAACAAAGCUAAAGAAGAUGUUUUGAUAGUUGACAACAAGAAGCAAGAAAAUCGGUCUUCGAAGAUCAGCACAGAUUCGACAUUUGCGGACGAAAAUGCAAAUGGCGAAUUUACGUUUUCAGAUCGGUGUGAUCAAACGGAUGGCUUCGACUCCCAGGGAUUUGUUGACUUGGCUCCCGCAGAAAACCAGCCUCAGUUAUUGGGACCCAAGCAAAAUUGUCAGUAUAUAGGAACAUUUGCUGUCAGUCUUGGCACUGGUGGAGAAGAUGAAAAUACUUUAAAAACUCACAAGGAAAGAACAAGAUUUGUUAAAAAGAAACUUAAUGAAUAUCGGUAUGCUCAGAGAGGUGUUGGUGUCGCUAUUCUAAUCUCAACUGAUGGAAUUAAGGUUAUAUCUCCUGAUGGCCAGCGUGUUAGAAUGGCCCAUCCACUGCAGAGAAUUUCUUUUGCGACUUGUGACCCAGAGUUUAGACUGUUUGCUUACAUGUCUCACAUUCCCUCUCCGCUGGGGACAGCUAUUCACUGCCAUGUCUUCUUGUCUAAGUAUACAAGGCAGGUUCAGAACCUUACAGCUUUGGUUGGGAAAGCAUUUCAAGUGGCAUUUGCAGAAUCAAAGUUCCCAAAAGGAACAGAACUUAAAUUGGAACAAUUCAAGACAGAAGCCUCUGAUAAACAAAUUGUGCAAGGAAGGCGAUGGGCAAGGCUUGAGGCCCAGCAGGGUCAUGAGCACUCUCAGCAUGCAAUUCAGGCAAGGUUAAAAAAGGAACAGGAGAAGUCACCACAUAAAAGUCCAUUGACACCAAGGAAACAAGCCACACCCGCAACAGCAGCAGUGGAAGCCACCACUUCCUCUUCUCAAGCAUCACCACUUGGAAGACGGAGGUCAUUUGGUAAAGCCCAUACCCCUCCUGAGGUCCGUAGGUCAAAUAUUCUGCAGGAUGGCGGUGGCCAGAAGGUAGCUGAAAAGAAGUCAAGUCCUUCAGAUGCAGUCACUGAUGGUAGUCCAGUGGCAGAAAGGAAAAUCGGUGCACCUGCUGAUUCAGUGCAAAGUACAUCACAAAAACCGGCAGAACAAAAAUUUUACAUUCCACCUGAUAAGGAGCAACCUGCCAAACCUGCACGAGAACAGUCUUAUACACCUCCACUGUCCAGCAGUGAUAAUAUUAAGAUAUCCAAUGGCGUGACUGCCAAGCAGGGUGUCAGGAUGUCGCCACUAGCUAAGUCUGCCUCGGACCCAAAUAUGCUAGCGGCAAAUAAUGAGUUUGCAGGGAGCAGUAAACAUGAGGCCGUCUCAAAGCGUAACAGUCAUGAAGAUGAAAAUUGGUACAUGGCUGGAAUACCCAGGGAGUUUGUCACUGAGAUGUUAGAGAAAUCAGAAGAGGGAUCAUUUUUUGUGCGAGACAGUCAAAGUAAACCUGGUUGCUAUGCCUUGACCAUGCGGGUUCCUUGGGAGGCCAAACCCAGUGGCUUUGGAAACUUUUUGAUUGUUAAAGUCAAAGAUGGUGUCAUGAUACAGGGUUUUGACAGAGUGUUGCCUGACGUCACAUCUCUUGUGGAACAUUACUCCAAAUUUGCAGAUGGCCUUCCAUGCAAACUGUUGAUUGCUGGAUCUAACGUGCUUUGUGAGGAUGAGGAGUAUAUGAACACUGUUCCUUCAGAUCCCGAUUAUCAAAGAUUAUCAGAUUUCACUGCAAUGAUGGCUGAAUUAAAGUGAGAAGCUUGUCAAGACCUAGUCUUCAUGCAGCUUGUCAAAAUACCAUUUCUGUAAGAUUUUAUUUUCACUGGUGACAAACAGGCUGCUUUGCAAUGUUGUAUAAAUAAUUAUUAGUAUAUCAAUGAUACUAAACAUAAGUCGAAUUAGAAAUGGCACCUUUUGUGAUCUCAAUGCAAUAACUCUUUUAAUUAGCAAGAUGCAAUUCCAAACAGACUUUUCUUAUACCUGCAUUUUGAGUCAGACAUUUUGCUCUCCAUUGGAGGAAAUGGAUGAUAUAAAUAGCACAAAUACAGGUACUAACAGUUGAAUCAGGAAUAGCGAUGUUCAGUCAUAAAAAGAGGUUAAUAUAUUUAGUAUAAUGUGUUGCUGGAGAUGAACUGUCAGUGCCUCGCAUGGUGUUAAUUUAUUUUUUGAAGAUGUAUAUUUGUAUUAUAAAUAUUGAUUAAUUUAUUGAUUUUUGAGUGUCGCUAUACGUCACUGUAGAGCAUCAGCUCACAUCACAUGUCAAGGAAUUUUAACAUAUCGCCUUCAGUAUUACAUCCAAAGAGCUAAAUAUUUCACCAAUAUGAAUUACUUUAUUAAGUAUCGCAAGCACCUUAUAUGACACCCAAAAUGCUAAGAAUGUCACCAAUUACUGUACUAGGUUUCACAAGCUCUUUAUAACUGUUUGCAGUUAAUUCAGGCCUAUUUAUCAUGAUGCCUUUUAUAUGCAAAAUCCUAUGGUAUGAUGCCAAUGAGGCAAUGGUAAACAAUAAUGUAAGCAAAGAUGACCCUAUACUUGAAAAUAUUAUUUUAUAAUUAUCAUAAUAAUGAUAAUAUUAUUGUUUUAAUUGUCCAAAAAUAAUAUAUUCUGCAUUAACUUGAGUCUAACAAAUAGUUUAUAGCUUUAGUUCUCAAAGUAAGUCAAUAACAAUUAAUUAAUAAAUAUCAAGAGUGAGUUUGAGUAUUUGUAAGUAAUAGGUAACUGUAAUGCAAAAAUUUCCUUUGCUAUCAAUACCGUCUAUACAUGUACACUGUAGGUAGGUGAGAGUGGGUCCUAUGAUACAUCAAUUAAAUUGAGACAAA